AUGCAUCUCUCGACCAAAGCAAGUCUCCUAGCUCUGUCCACUUUGAUCCUCUUGGCCACAUCGCCUCCCGGUGACAACCACGGUGCCGUCGUCUCUGCGACACUCACUCCACAAGAACGCCUCGAAGUCGAAGCCAAGGAUCCCGACAAUCCUAACUACUGCCCCGCCUGUCUCAAAAAGGCACUCUUCAAUCAUUUUCCCCAUGCGUGCCCUAAGGAUCUCGAGCCAUGGGAGGCUACCACACGACCGGAGGGUCCUCGCCCUAACGAGCAACGGUGUAUCUGCAUCGCCUUCGUGGAUCUGUUCUGGAUGAAACGCGAUUGUGAGCAGGAAUGCACGUUUGUGAAUAACCCUGCGGCCAUGGCUCAUUUCCAGCCUGCAGAAGACAUCCCAGGAUGCGACAAGUGGAUCGAUUUUGCGACAGGGCAGGAGAAUCAGGUUGAGGGGUUUGAACCAAGGAACCCGAGCCAUCAGCCAGAAGUCUAUGUACCCGAGGAUACCGAGGCGGAGACGGAAGCUAGCCAAGAGGAGACCGUCAAGGACAAGGAGGAGGAGCAGAUUAAGAAGAGGGAAGAAAACGGCCCAGAAGAAGAGGUGGUCGAGGCGACAGAGGUCAAGCUAGAAGGACCCCGGGGCUCUGAAGAUGAGCCCCACAUUCAAGGGGAGGUCAAGGCGGAGAAGGGGCCAAAAGACGAACUGUAA